AUGGGGCACCAGGCGGGGCUGCAGUCACUGAAGAGAAUGGUGAGGCUCUGCGGCAGUUGGGGGAUUAAGGUUCUAUCAUCAUCAGGCAUCUGGAGGCGAAAACAACGCAACCGCAAUCCCGACAUGUACGGCGGCGCCUCCACCAAGCUUGGCCGCGGCGCCCCUCACCGCCGCUCCUUCCCUCCUCCGGCGCCUCAACGUUCCUCUGCCCCCGGCGGCCGCCUCUCCCUCGGGGCUUCCGCCCGCAACGCCGGAAAGGAGGAGGCGGCGGCGGCGGCUCCAGCGGUGGAGGAGACCUUUAGCCUGGUCUCCGGAAGCAACUCUCUUGCUUUCUCGAUGAUCAUACGGCUCGCCCCCGACCUCGUGGAGGAGAUCAGGCGUGUGGAGUCACAGGGCGGCACCGCGCGUAUGAAGUUCGGCCCCAAUCCUCACAAUCCAAUAGGAAACAUUAUAGAUGUUGGUGGGAAGGAGUUCAGGUUUACAUGGUCAAGGGAAUUGGGUGACCUCUGUGAUAUUUAUGAAGAGCGCCGGAGUGGCGAAGAUGGGAAUGGUUUGCUUGUUGAAUCUGGGUGUGCUUGGCGCAAGCUGAAUGUGCAGCGUAUCUUGGACGAGUCCACUAAGAAUCAUGUCAAAAGGCGGUCAGAGGAAGCUGACCGCAAAAUGAAGUCUCGCAAAGCCAUUGUGUUAGAGCCUGGGAACCCGCCUAUGAAAAGUCAGAUAAAGGCACUAGCAGCUGUUGAGGCUACAACGUGGAAGAAUUACAGUAAGAAGAAAGAGGCUGCACUCAAGAAAAGAAAAGUGGAAACCCUUCAAGUUGGUGGGCCCCCAAAAUCUUCCCAUAGACCUGGAUUGACUUCAGCAAAUACUAGUACCAAGGGUAGACAUUCCUCUCCUCUUCCAUCUCCGCCAGACCCUUUUGCUGCUGCUUCCUCUCCAGUGGGAGUAGUAAAUAUGUCUAAGAGCUUCGAGGAGGCUGUGCCAGCACAAAUGACAGCUAAACAAGAUAAUAAUGCUGGAUCUGAGAAAGAAAUCUCUACCAGAACAAACAAUGCUGUGAGGAACACACCAGGACGCAAGGGAAAUAAUGGGUCUAAACCAGCAGAGUUGCAGGGCAUGUUAAUUUCUCUUCUAAAGGAUAAACCUAAUGGAAUGACUUUGAAGGCCUUGGAGAAAGCUGUUGGAGACACACAUCCAAAUUCCAUAAAGAUAAUUGAGCCAAUUAUAAAAAAAAUUGCAAAAUAUCAGGCUCCAGGAAGGUAUAUAUUGAAACCGGAAGUGGAUUUGGAAAACUUAAAUAAGCCUCAAACUGAAAGCGGAAGUUCUCGUGAUGACAAUCACAACCAGAUACCUACUCGUGAAGAGUUUCAUGAUCAAACAACAGCUCCACAGGGAGGAUUUGAAGAGAAAGUCCCAAAUGUUGAAUUGGAGGAAAUGGUUAAAGUAAAAUCUAGCGUAGAAGAAGAUACAAACAAUCUGGAAAUUGAUACCCAACAUACGUCACCUGAUAUCCUUGGUGACAAAAAAGGUUCUGAUCACAGUGAAGGCCAGGCAGGCAGCUCCAGUGAUAGUGGAAGCGACAGUGACAGUGAUAGUGACAGCAGUGAUAGUGGCAGUGACAGUGGUAGCCACAGUAGGAGCAGAAGCAGAAGUCCUGCCGGAUCAGGGAGCGGGAGCAGUAGUGACAGUGAAAGUGAUGCAUCUUCUAGCAGCAAGGAGGGACUGGAGGGUUCUGAUGAGGAUGUAGAUAUUAUGACUAGUGAUGAUGAAAAAGAGUCAAAACAAAAAACGGAAGUCUCUGAUCAAAGGAUGCCCUUACCCAUUCAAGGAAAAUCUCCUGAUGGAAGAUCAAUGCAGAAUGAGGUUGAUGAGAAACAGGAUGGUAAUGAAUCUGAUGCAAUUGAAAUUGAAAAGGACUUACCUGAGGAACCGGAAGCUGAAUUGUCUCUACCGCCAGCUACCAUUUCAAAUAGAGGUGAAAAAUAUGAAGAAGAGAUGAGACCCUUUUCAAUUGACUACCAACAGCUCCAAGAACGCCAAAAUUAUAUAGGGAGUUUGUUUGAUGAAAGAGAAAAUGAAGUUAAAGAUAGCUCUAGGCAUGAACAGUCUGACAGCUUGGAGAGGUUAUCUAAAGGUAAACAUAAGAGGGGUUCUGAUGUGAAGAAUGAUGAGAAAUCAGAACGUACAAAGAGGUUGAAAGCAGGAAACUUGACCUCUGAACCAUUAUCUCCCAGUAUUGAUGCACAGACAUUUGAUAAUUCUCGGAACAUGUCUCCUUUUGAAUUUACUGAAGACACAGGUAAGGGACCUAAUGUACAAGUGUUGAACAGGGCUGAUAGACAAGGUAAUUCGAGUGUUGUUGGCUUACAAAAGGGACCCAAUCGAUCAUUUGCUGGAAAAUGUAGUUCAGAUUUUCCACAAACAGGUCAAAAGUCGUCAGCUCAAACCCCUUCAGAAAAUCCUUCCUACUCAUGGGAAAAAUCAGAUAAACAAGUUGAAAGUGUAAGUCACAUAAAAAAACACUCAGGAAAGGACUUCCCUGCCCGAGAAGCUUCUUCCCUGCAGAAAGAUAAAUCUCGCAAAGAUGCCUCAAAUGAAGAUAUUAAUGCCACUGAGAGAAAAGUUCCAAGGAAUUUCAGGGAUGGUAGUAAUGGAAGUAAACAGCCACUAUUCAUGGAUUCUUACUACCAAGAACAAGGCGAAAUGGUUGGUAAAUCAAAGGAACACCGACACAUUACACAGUCACACUUGGGAGCAUCACCUCAGGAAAGAGACAGAAUUGGUCUUGAUCCAUCCCCUGUAACUAAUGAGCGAGCUAUCUCUCUUCAAAGAGAGCUUUCAGACUUGGAGCUGGGUGAACUUCGUGAGUCCACUCCAGAUGAUACUCAUGUUGCAAAGCAAUUUGAACGAAAAGGUUCCUUUAAACAGUUGGAAAACAAAGCAAACACUUCAGAGGACAGGAAUUCGGAUUUCACUAGAGUAAAACCGUCGUUGAAGGCAACUUCAGAUUUAGGAAAGUCAUCCUCAGCCUUUGUAAAUUCUGGUUUUCCCAGUAAUUUGGAUAGCAAUAAUAAAAAGAACUCAGAUAAUCAUUUUGAAGAUUCAUCAAAAUCUCGCUCUACGGUUAUGCAGACUCAUUCACAACAUUUGAAAGCAGACCAUGCAGAAGUUGGAUCUCAAAACAAAUUGGCAGAAAUGAGCAGUAAAUAUAGAAAUAAUGAAUCUGGGGUGAGCCAAGAUACUGAUUUGGAAGGUCGCAGUGAAAGCAAUAGAAGAGCACCUGCAAAUGCAUCUAAACAACAGGAUGGUAAAAGGGGAAUAGUUUCCUACACUGUGAAAGAAAGUAAAAGGCAAACAUCUAAUUCGGUGGAAGAGAUGACUGACGGAGGAAAGGAUUGUGUGUUUGCUGAUAGAAAUCAUAGUGAUCAAAAGAAGAGGGAAUCAUCUUCGGAUGAAAAUAGUUGCUCUUAUUCAAAGUAUGAAAAGGAUGAACCUGAAUUGAAGGGCCCGAUAAGGAAUUUCUCCCAAUAUAAAGAAUAUGUUCAGGAGUAUCGUGACAAAUAUGAUAGUUACAUCUCCUUGCACAAGAUUUUGGAGAGUUACAGGGAUGAGUUUCAGAAACUAGGUGAUGAUUUAGAACAUGCUAAAGGCAGGAAUAUGGGUAGAUAUUAUGAUCUUUUGGAACAGAUGAAGGAAUCCUUUCGACGCUGUGGACAGAGACACAAGAGAUUGAAGAAAAUAUUUGUUGUUCUUCAUUUGGAAUUGGAGGUUGGGUAUGCACUAGGUUUUGAUGCUAUUUCUAGGUAG